AUGUCUUCCACCACUUCAAAACUCCUCACACUGAUCGUAUCUGCAUUUGUCAUAAUGCAAAUAACAUCAGCGGGUGAUCCAGACAUCCUCACUGACUUCAUAGCCCCAAUUGGAACCCAAGUCGAUGGUUCCUUCUUCACAUUCACCGGCUUCCGCGCCCUUCUUCCACCAAACACAUUUCCCUCAACUUUCAAAGCAUUGAAAGCAAGCAAAGCUGAAUUUCCAGCUCUUGAUGGACAAAGUGUGGCGUAUGCUGCUCUUGAGUUCCCGUCCGGAAGUAUCAAUCCGCCACACACACAUCCUCGCUCGGCCGAGCUACUUUUCCUCGCGACAGGCUCCCUUCAAGUUGGAUUUGUGGACACGACCAAUAAGCUAUUCACUCAGACGCUACAAACUGGUGAUAUGUUUGUGUUUCCAAAGGGACUUGUGCACUUUCAAUUCAAUUCUGAUUCUCAAAAACCUGCUUUGGCGUUUUCUGCCUUUGGUAGUGCUAAUGCCGGAACUGUUUCAAUCGCUAGCACAUUGUUUAACACAACCAUUGAUGACAAUGUCUUGGCUUUGGCUUUCAAGACUGAUGUUGCGACCAUUCAAACUUUGAAGAAAGGAUUUACUUCUUAA